AUGCUGGCUCUCACGCAUCACAGCACGCCUCAGCCGCCUCAGGACCUGACCAUGGCGGUCUUGGGCUGCGGCACAAUGGGCAUCGCCAUCCUCAACGGCAUCCUCACCUCCCUGGUCGAGAUGCAAGGCCCCAAGCCCCUCCAGUCCGGCGCCUCGACGCCCUCGGAGGACAUCCCGCGCUCGCUGCCCUCGCGCUUCAUCGCCUGCGUGCGCACCCCCGAGACGGCCAAGAAGGUCAAGGGCGCCCUGUGGGAGCACUCGUCGGUGCUCAAGGUCGUCCGCAACGACAACCUCGCCGCCGUCCAGCAGUCCCAGGUCAUCCUGCUGACCUGCAAGCCCUACAUGGUCAGGGACAUCCUGGGCGCCCCCGGCAUGGCAAAGGCCCUGCACGGCAAGCUGCUCAUCAGCGUCUGCGCCGGCAUCACCGUCGAGCAGCUCGAAAUCGCCCUCCACGGCGCCGUGCCCUCCAAGGACCCCGACGAGGACGGCCGCUGCCGCAUCGUCCGCGCCAUGUGCAACACCGCCGCCCUCAUCCGCGAGUCCAUGACCGUCAUCAGCGCCACCGAGCCGCCCCUGCCCCGGGAGACCGAGACCCUCGUCACCUGGAUCUUCAAGCGCGUCGGCGACGUCGUCUACCUGCCCGCCCGCUACAUGAACGCCUCCACCGCCCUCUGCGGCUCCGGCCCGGCCUUUUAUUCCCUCUUCCUCGAGGCCGCCAUCGAGGGCGCCGUCGCCAUGGGCCUCCCCCGUGCUGAGGCGACUAGGAUGGCCACUCAGACCAUGCGAGGAACCACCGGCCUCAUCCAGAGCGGUGAACACCCGGCUCUGCUCAGGGAAAAGGUCUGCACUCCUGGAGGCUGCACCGUUAGCGGCGUGCUCGUCCUCGAGGAGGAGCGCGUGCGUGGCACCAUCUCCAAGGCCGUGCGGGAGGCCAGCCGCGUGGCCGGCCAGCUCGGUAAGAACAUCCAGGCCGCUACCGUUGUUAACCAGGGCGACGCUCAUCUGCACUUUGAUGAGUAG